ACUUCAAAACACAUGGCCGCCACCAGUGUUUACAACUCGUAAUGAAUUGGUGAGUGGAAACUCAAAAUCCCGACGUAGAAGGACGUCGAAUAGUUUUGGAUGAUAUUCGCACGCACCGGCUUUAGCUAAAAGUUUAACACCGUCGAAGAGGAGUAUUUAUAGCCAAACGAACAGAACCAAAGACCAGGCAAGUCUCAACACAGGCUAGUGGGUGCUGUGAUGUCCUCGACCCCCAGCAGACUCAAACACCCACACUGCAGGAAGAAGCACUAUCCAAGUAGCACUUACCUCACCCACGUCUGACAGCCAACCAUCGCAUACAAGGCACUUGAACUUGACAGGAGAGAUUGAUAAACAAAGAGAGAUGUCUGACUCAGCUGGAAGUGGUGAAAGCGGAGGUGUGGCAGGCGCAGGGCAGGACGCAGAAGCGGAUAAUGAGCCCCCUCAACAAGUGUUACCUUCACCUGAAGGUGACCGCUUAGAGGGAAGGGAGUCCUCAGUGGAAGGGGCACCUACGUCUGCCAAGCGGGCCAGACUGAGCGAGGAGGAACAGGGGCUGGAGCAGGUUGCAAAGCCCGCCAAAAUGCAUGGAGAAACACCAGCACAGCCUGACUGGCUGCACGAAGACACAGCCCAACCAGCACAAAGAACAGGAGAACCCCUACAAUGUGAGGAGAAAGGUCAGGAAGGGGAGGACGUGCCUGUCAGUGCGGGAGGUGAGGACGAAUGCCAUGAGAAUGGAGAUGGAGGUUGUGAAGCACCCUUAGAAGGAGGAGAGACGAAACCAGAGGGGGAGCACAACGGUAAUGGAUCUGCAGACAGCGCCGGUGACGGACAGCAUCUAGGUCUAGAUUUUACCCAGAGCCCCCAGAUGCUGACUGGUUCGUGGACCGAGUACUCCAACCUUCCAGAGAACUAUCUCAAAGGCUGCAAAUGGGCCCCGGAUGGUUCCUGUAUCCUGACCAACAGUGCAGACAAUGUGCUCCGUGUAUACAACCUCCCUCCAGAGAUUUACAGCUACAACUGGGACUUGCUUCCUGAGAUGAGUCCAGUGCUGAGAAUGGCAGAGGGAGACACCAUCUACGACUACUGCUGGUACCCCAAGAUGAGCUCUCUGGACCCGGACACAUGCUUUCUAGCGAGCAGUAGCCGUGACAACCCAGUCCACGUGUGGGAUGCAUUUUACGGGGAGCUGCGAGCCAGUUUCCGACCCUACAAUCACCUGGAUGAGCUGACGGCAGCCCACUCCCUCUGCUUCUCUCCGGAUGGAACGCAGCUCUACUGCGGCUUUGACAAAACCGUCAGAGUCUUCUACACGGAGCGUCCCGGCAGAGACUGUGAGGAGCGGCCCACCAUAGUGAAAAAGCAGGGCCAAAGUGGCAUCAUCUCCUGCUUUGGCUUCAGCCCCUGCCAGUCUGUUUACGCCUGUGGCUCUUACUCCCGCUGUGCUGGCCUCUACUCCUGCCAAGACGGCACCCUGCUGGCUCUGCUGCCGACCCGCCACCACGGAGGCCUCACCCAUCUGCUCUUUUCCCCUGAUGGCAACUACCUGUACACCGGCGGACGCAAGGAUCCAGAAAUCCUGUGCUGGGACCUAAGAGAGCCGGGAAAGGUUGUGUUUUCACUUAAGAGAAACGUGGCCACUAACCAGCGCAUCUACUUCGACCUGGACCCGUCAGGCAGGUACCUGCUGAGCGGUGACACAGAGGGAGUGGUGUCAGUAUGGGACACCCAGACAGCUCCUCCUGAUAGUAACGAGGAACAACUGCAACCUCAGCUCAGGUUCCAGACCCACUGGGACUGCACCAACGGCAUCAGUAUUCAUCCCUUCAUGCCAUUGUUGGCAACAUCCAGCGGGCAGCGUCAGUUCCCGUGGCCCGGGGACAGCGAGGGUGACUCGGCCUCUGACGGAGAGGGAGGAAAAGCGGUGAUGUCGCCACAGGAGAUCCGACAAGACAACGCCCUGACUCUGUGGUGGGCCGGACCGCUCGGCGCUGCCACAGAGGGGAACCCAGAGCAGAGUACAUCAGUGGUGGAAGCUUGAAGCACCUGCCACAUGAUAUUUAUUUUUGGGAAUGCUUGCUAUGCAUAAACCCAAUUAUGGGUCAGUCAGAUUGUCUUUGCGCCAUCAGCAACAUGAAGUCCCGAGGUGGAAAAGUAUUUCUGGAUCAUUAGCACAGUCCAUACAGUCAUAACAUAUCACCUGUAAGUUUACAGCAUUUACAGACGCAGUAUUCGCACUUGCAAAGUUAAAAUUACAGGGUUAUGAAACAUUGCAGAUCAGGUGGGCACAGAACAGAUUUCCAUGGUUCUGUCUUUGAAGAUUUCAUUGUUGUAAUGCCAAUUUGGUAAAAAAAACAAUUAGAACUAAAUGCCAAGACUGCAGUCAAUGCUAUAAGCAAGGGCGUUUUCUUUAAAACCUUACUCUAGUCACAUCUUGUGGUUUGCAUAAGAAGCUUAUUGGGGCCUGAUAUUUCUCUAUUGUCAUUUUAUGAGUGAGAGAGCUUUAUUUAAAUCAGUUUACCAAUUUUGUUCACUUUUUUUCCCUUUGAGAAUCUACUUCCUGUAUUGGAUGAAUUUAGUUGACAGGCUUGACUGUGGUGUGAAGUACUGAUCGCACCUACACUCACGAGUUUUAUCUGUAGGAGUAUUUGUUUACGUGUGUGUGGCUGUAAUGCUGCCCCCCCCGGAGAUUCCUGCUAUAGUUACAGUAAGUGCCAUUUGUUGUUGAGCUUUGCUUUUGUAAACUGAUGGGGAUCUCCUGUUUUUACCUUCUUUUUUAAACUAUUGGACACGCCAAGUGUUGUGUCGCUCUGUGUAUGCCCACAAAUGUAUAUUUUUGUAAAGCCAUGAUCAUUCUAAUUUUCUGAAUGUAAGCUUGAUUACUAUAACCUCAUAACAAUCUGUGAAAGUCAGCGGGUGCAACUGGAAAACGAGCGACGUCUUGAUUAUUCUUUUCUACAGACUGUGCUCAGAUUACAUUUGUACCUGUGAGUGGUGAUGUGGCAGCACAUUGUAUUUGUAUAAUUGCAUUAAUAAUGUACUGCGGUGAUUUUCUCAAUGCCUAUGUUGCCAUCAGUCAGGUGUGCUUUGCUGUAGGGUUUCUUCUUUCUGCAGGUUGAUCAGAAGGAGCACAGCACGCUCUGACCUAAGCCAUGUAUCUUUAGACACUGAGGAAUCUAUCAAUUUUGAAGCCUGUGCUGAUCCAGGUUUUACUUUUGGAGCUCAAAUUUGUUGCCAAGUAGUAAUAGCUACAACUGUGUAGCUGCGAUCACACAAUACUGCACAAAUUUGCUGUAGCUGGAAGCAUUAGGAACCAUGUAGGCCUUGAUGUCACACAAGUCUCCAGAUAUAUGGCUGAAUAUACGACAGGUGGCUUUGUGCUGGUUUUAUUCAAGCUGGAGUGAAUUAAAAGUAUAUCGCUUCACA